AUGAGAACAUCGGACAUUCUCCCGACGCAGUUCCCCUACGCUGAUGAAUCUCUUGAUCCAAGAUUGAAAUAUGACCGUACAGGGUCGAUGCCGAUACUACUUGUUCCGCAACCCAGCAUUGAUGCAAAUGAUCCCCUGAACUGGCCACUAUGGAGGCGCGAUGGCAUCCUCUUCGCUCUCUGCGUUGUCUCACUGCUUUGCGCAACCACAAGCUCAUUGAUGGCUGCCAAUACAGUCACCAUUGCCCUCUACGAUGGCAAAAACUUUACAUCGGUCGCACUUCUCACGGGUUAUCAUCUCUGUGGCGUGAGAGUGGAAGGCCUCCUCAUCGUGCCCACCGCAAGGAUCUGGGGCAAGCCCUUCUUUGGGCGAAUAUUCCAAGGUGUUGCGCUGGCGCCCUUCGAAGCUUUGGUGAAUGCGUGUGUUGGUGACCUAUUUUACGUUCAUGAACGGGGUAAGAGGAUGGCACUGUCAAAUGUCGCCUUGUUUGGUGCUGCCUUCCUCACACCUGUCCUAGCUGGUAAAAUCACCCACAGUCUGGGUUGGAAAUGGACUUUGUACCUGGUGUCGAUUUUCAUAGCGGCAGCGCUUCCCCUGACUUUUUUUUGUGUUCCUGAGACUGCAUUUCAACGCCCGAACGGAAUGAGCACAGAAGUAGCCCAUGGGGUCAGCUCGCAACUCCAACACGAUGACGCUUUCCAAGAUCGCUGGGAACUGAGCGAAGCAGUGCAACAUACACUUACUGCCACAGAGAGACCUACAGAAAGUAUUCCGCCUAAAGAAAUCCCAGGAGAUGCCCCAGCUGAGACCGAGCCAGCCCUCAAGGCUUCCUACCAGCAGACUCUCAAACCCUUCAAUGGCCGGAAAUCCGACGAAAGCUUUCUAAGCUUCUGCUCAUGUUUGAUACAAGGCGUCCUUAUUGGGUGGACUGUUUUUAUAGGCGUGGUCCUUGCAGCCAUCUUCCUCGGCCCUCCGCUAUGGUUUGAUGAAGUGCAAACAGGGUACCUCUAUACUGGUGCGUUCAUUGGGUCCAUUCUAGGGUUGAUAAUCUCGGCUUUACUGUCCGAUUGGAUGAAUCGGACGAUGAUCAAAUUCAACCGAGGACGACACGAGCCCGAAUUCCGGAUCCUCCUGGUCAUCUUCCAACUGAUAUCCAGCGGGGCGGGACUGUAUGGCUUCGGCCUUGUCGCGAAUGAUAUUGUAAGCUACGGCUGGCUAGUAGCUGACAUAUUUUUCGCGUCGGUCAUCGUUGGAAUGGUGAUGGGCGGGGUGUCCAGCGCACUGUAUAUCGUGGAUGCACACCGGGAAAUCGCCAUUGAAUCGUUCACCUGCAUGCUGGUAUUUAAGAAUCUAUUCAGUUUUACAUUGACAUUCUUCGCCUAUAACUGGCUCCUGACCAACGGAAUCCGGCCAGCAUUCUUAGCAAUCGGCAGUAUUCAAAUGGGAAUAUGCGCUUUAAGUGUUCCCAUGUACGUUUUUGGUAAAUGGAAUCGCUCGUUCUUCCACCGACACGACAUAUUGAGCAUCUUACAUCUGUCGUGAAGUCGUGAAAUGGUGCAACUUCUUCUGCACGAACAUGGUACAGGCCUUGUCAUUCCCAACUCAGAUCGACACAAUAGGAGACGAAAUGCCACCAACAAUCAUAUCAACGAGACAAACCUGACACUCCAGUGACAGAGAAUACCAGCGCCAGACGGAAAAGAAAUAUGUCAUUGCUCAAUGUGCAGUCAAUAGCAACGCCUGUCCAUGAAAAAGAAUAUACAUAACUGCAAACAGAACAAGUCGGUCGUGAAAUUCAUGGUCAUCGUCGGCAUGUAAAAUCAGGUAUCCCCUCCAUACUCAUUCGCUAGAUA